CAACCUUCAGUCUCAACGCUGGCAAAAAUGUUCAAUUUUAUCUGUUAUAAAUAUCUACAAUAUACCGUCCGUUUGCAGAACGAUGUAAAUGGGACUUUCUGCGGCUGCUAAUGGGGUUUCAUAAAGGAUCGAGAUUGACCCCUGGAUCACGGAUUCUAAAAGCGAUUUGGAACCUGGGAUAAAAUGUGAAAUAGUCCCAUCACGGACGCGUAUUCUUAAAACUUCGUCGUCAUUUCCAAUUCGUGCUAUGUUCUGUCCGUUAUUUUUCAUUUCUUUUUAAAAAUUUGGCGGGCUUUUAAAAUUUGAAAAAAAGAUCGGUUGAAAUAUCAAAAUUUGGCGCCGUUAUUUUCCGCCCUCACUCCGUGGAGUCUCCGGAUUGGUGAGUUCAGUAGAUAUCUGAUUGGUGAUAUGAACAACAUUAUAUGACGCAGCACAAAGUGACCAAUCAGCAAUGCCCGCAGCAACAUUCAUCCCGAAGCUAUAAGAAAAGCGAAUGGGAGAGGAUUUCCUCAUUCUCUGUGAAAGUGUGAGAUUGUGGAAAUGUCUGGAAGAGGAAAGACCGGUGGUAAAGCUCGAUCCAAGCCCAAGUCCCGCUCCUCCCGGGCUGGACUGCAGUUCCCGGUGGGCCGUGUUCACAGGCACCUGAGAAAGGGCAACUAUGCUGAGCGUGUGGGUGCCGGAGCCCCGGUCUAUCUGGCUGCUGUGCUGGAGUAUCUGACGGCUGAAAUCCUCGAGCUGGCCGGUAACGCGGCCCGGGACAACAAGAAGACCCGCAUCAUCCCCAGACACCUGCAGCUGGCCGUUCGCAACGACGAGGAGCUCAACAAGCUGCUGGGAGGGGUGACCAUCGCUCAGGGCGGGGUGCUGCCUAAUAUCCAGGCCGUGCUGCUGCCCAAGAAAACCAGCGCCGCUGCGGGCUCGAAGACCAAGUGAAGCGGCCAUUCUUUAAUCUAAUAACCCAAAGGCUCUUUUCAGAGCCACUCACAGGAUCAUUGAAAGGGUUGCUCACUGUCAGCAGAUGGAGUUAUUGUAACGGUGGAUUUAUCUGUUUCUGAUUUGUUUACUUGUGUUUUCAGUUCCCUCUCUCCAUUGCGCUGUUGCUCUGCUCCCACAUCCCGCUUUAGUGAACUGAAGAAUUGAAGGACAGAGUCAAGUCGACAUUUUCAUAAAUAUUUCAGUCACAAAUAUCGAGUUUGUCCCGGUACAUUCAUGAAAACUAUGAAAAAUGUCACGACUGGUGCAUUAAAUGCUUUGUUUUUACUCUCGGGUGACCUGAACGCCGCUCCAGGAACAGAGCAAACUCGGAAACGGAGCGGACAUGUUCUGGCUGAUCUGUUUAUUCCGCAGUUUUCCCAGAGGCCGGAAUCAGUGAGAGUUGAGCACUCACAGGACCUGAGUCCAUUGCAGCGGUUUCAGAUCUGCACCCGCCCCCAUCCCCCCCGGUCUCCCUAUUCUCAGGACACAAAGCUGCCUGUCCGAUGCGGUUUGGUGUCGGUGAUUCUCUCUGCACUCCCUGUUGUAACAUUCCCGGCCGCUAUUAAUGGAGAGGAUCAGAAAUCACCCGUUUUUCUCAGUCCCCAUGAAGUCUGUGUGAAGGAGUUGGUUGGUAAUCUGUGUUUUUGCUUUUCCACUGAUUUGAGCUGAAUUAAGUUGCUGAACGGGGUCUUAUUACCGCCGGUUACAGAUAAGAGAUUGACACAUUCAAACUGGCGUUCAGUUAUUUUGUAUUUUUUCUGUACUGAAAUUGGCGGGCAUUUCGAAUUUGAAAAUGUAAGCCAAUCCAAACUUCCAAUUUCUUCUCCCUGGCUCUCCGAUUGGUUAGGAAUUUGAUUGAGAACAGAGUAUCCAAUUAAAGCUACAGAGUCUCAAA